CUGGUCAAUUUCAUUUUUUUCAUUUUCAGCUAUUGAAUCUCGCAUUGACGCAAUGGUAAUUGUUUUAAUAAUAAGUGCUGACGAUAGAUCAAAUGUUUAAAAUCGGUCAAGCAGAAUAUUGAAUAAUCUGAUAACAAAGGUCCUAUGAUAAAGAAGUUAGAGAAUCCCAAUAAAGAUUAAUAUGAUCAACAAAUCGGUAACAGUUGGCAUAUAGCAGAAUGUCAUUUUAAAAUUUUUGUGAUAUAUAAUGACCCGGGUUCUUGAAGUAAAAAGGCCCGUUGAUUUGCAUCAUACAACUUAACAUUUCUCUAAUCCGAUUUUAGCCUUCUUCAAAAAAACAAAAAUCAACACGGUCAGAAUUUCUGUUAAAGGAUUAUUCGAUAUUCCUAAAUAAUAGAUGGAUCAAUAUCAAUAAUAUAUAUAUCAAGUUUGAAGUCAAAUUAAAAGUACCCCAAAUAAGGAGUAAUUGUAUUACCUUUGUAACGCCCACCUUCAAUUAACAUUCUACAAAUAAAGAUCGUUGUAUUGAGCAAAAUAGACUUGACAGGAACAUUCUUCUCAACGUUAUCAGAAUGUCUGCAAACCCCUUCCCAGUGAAAAGAAUUACAGCUAUUGUAAGCUUCAUCUUCAGGCUGACGUUUGUGUUCGUUCAACAAUCGUUUUGAACAAAGAUUUAUGAUAUUGCGGUUACCCAUUUUGUAAGCCUUUUAAACUACACUCGGACAACUUUUCAAGACAGGCAGUAACUUAUAAAAACAGCUACCAACAAUGGGAUUCGAGUUACAUAUUCUUUGUCUUUAGAUGACAGUCAUAUAUUGACAUGACGUAGUCUAAUUCUAUUUGAUUAAGGUACUUGCGUCCUAUACGAUCAUAUUCCUGACUCUCUGUCUCCUUUAUGUUAACAUGUACUAUAAAGAGUCGGACGUCAACUAAAAUGUAUUAUAAAUAGUCGGAACUUAAUAACCUUUGGUAAUUUUAUUAAACGACAUGGCCAUGUAUUGUGUAGCCAUUGGAAACAGAACCCGGAAGUAUAAAUAAGAAUAACAAAACUUUCGAAGAUGGCAGAACGUGAUACGGAUUCGGAGGAUUAUUAUUCAUACGAGGAUGAUUUUGAGGAAGAAAGCGAGACGGAUGAAGAAGAGAGCGAAGAUGAAAACUUAGAGCUCAGUCAUCGAAAUGCUGCAGCGCCGGAUCUACGACUCAGUGCCCAACACGUUGUACUGUGUGAACUUUGCAAUGGGUCUGGCAUAAAGAGUUACUGUGUGCCUUGUAAGCAAAGCUUCUGCAAUGAAUGUGUUGGGAAGCACCUAUCUCAUUUAUCCAAAUCCCACAAAGUCGUGUCAUAUACCGAAAAAUUUGCUGUUGAAUCGAAAGCGAAGAGGAAAAAAAUCAAAAAGGAUUUGGAAGAAUUGGAGAACAAGAUUCAUCCUUUAUACAUGAAAAUUGAGCUUGGUUUGCAAUCUGAAAAGACCAAUGUUGAGAAACAUUAUGAAAGAGUUGAUAAAGCCAUAACCAGGUAUAAAGAAAACUGGCUGAAAGUUGUCAAUGAGAUUGCUAGAUAUGAGAAAUCGCGUGUUACUGAAUUUAAAUCCAAACACAUUUCUACUAUAGAACACCAGGAAAAUAGAAUUUCUAGCAAACUGGCUGAGAUAGAAGAGCAUAUUUCGUAUCUGAAAAAACUGCUGGACACUAGUAAAGACUUUAUUGCUGGUGGAUACGAAUCAAGGAAUGCUGAAUUCAAAAAACUUCCAUCUACUAAGACACUCCCACUUCCCGAGUAUGUUGCACAUCGAAUAGAUAAAACCGAACUGUACAACAAAUUCGGUUUUGUCACGUUCUCAAGUGUCACGCAGGAUGAAGACGGCCAUAUCGUGACAAACUCUUUACCUCGUAAAACAAAAGUUAUCAAAACCAUUGCAACCGAGAAUGAUGAUGGAAGUCUUGGAAGUGUAAGCUGUUUCGGUGACGAUAAAAUCUGGACAACUGUCCAGGGCAACAUCAUGGAGCUAUACAAUCUCGACGGGAAACUUCUGAAAUCGGUCAAAACUAGAUCAAGGAAUGACGCGUGGGACAUAACGACGACAAAGAGAGGUUAUCUCGUGUACUCAGACACAGGUUCAAAAACCGUUAACAGAAUGAGGAAAAAGCAUAUAAAAGAGCUGAUCAGACUUCGGGGUUGGACCCCUUGCUGUGUCUGCAGUACAUCUCUGGAUGGUCUGUUGCUGACCAUGAUCAGCGAGGAUAGGAAACAAUCAAAAGUUGUCCGUUAUACAGACAGCUGCGAAGAAAAGCAAACAAUUCAGCUUGAUGACAGGGGCAACCCUCUUUAUUCGACAAGAAGCUGGAAGCUUUACGUCAGUGAGAACAGGAACUUGGAUGUCUGUGUAGCAGACACGGACGCUAACGCAGUGGUGGUGGUCUAUCAGACCGGGGAUCUCCGUUUCAGAUAUACUGGUCCUCACUCAUCAUCCAAGCCACUCAAACCAGACGGCAUUACCACAGACAGCCAAUGUCGUAUUUUGAUUGCAGACAGUGACAACCACAAAAUCCACAUCUUAGAUCAGGACGGAGAGAUUCUUCGCUUCAUUACAUCUGACUUGUCGGAUGGUCCUUUUCGUUUAUGUGUUGAUACCAGAAACAACCUCUUUGUUGCUGAAAGAAACAGUGGAAGUAUUAAGAUGAUCGCUUACACUUGAGAACAAAAUAUCCGAAGUUGUAAUAUCCU